GCCACGGAGCCCGCGCCGCCCGCCCGCCUGGCCCACGGAGCCCAUGGACCUGAGCGCAGCCGCCGCGCUGUGCCUCUGGCUGCUGAGCGCCUGCCGCCCCCGCGACGGGCUCGAAGCGGCCGCCGUGCUGCGAGCGGCGGGGGCAGGGCAGGUCGGGAGUCCGGGGGGCGGCGGCGGCGGCGGCGGCGGCCGGACCCUCGCCCCGGCUGCGGGUGUCUCCGCUGCCCCGGCCGCCGCAGCUCCCGGAGCCCGCGCCGGGCGCCGGGCCGCCGGCUCCGGCUUCAGGAACGGCUCGGUGGUGCCGCACCAGUUCAUGAUGUCGCUUUACCGGAACCUGGCCGGGAGGGCUCCGGCCGGGGCGGCCUCCGCCUCCACCUCGGGCUCUGGCCGCCACGGCCGCGCGGACACCAUCACCGGCUUCGCAGACCAGGCGAACCAAGACGAAUCGCCAGCCGAGACCGGCCAAAGCUUCCUGUUCGACGUAUCCAGCCUUCCCGACACCGACGAGGUGGUGGGAGCCGAGCUGCGCGUCCUGCGCCACGAGUCCCCGGAGCUGGGCCCUGGCGGCGCCACUCCCCCGCCGCUGCUGUUGCUGCUGUCUACCUGCCCCGGGGCCGCCCGAGCGCCCCGCCUGCUGCACUCGCGGGCCGCCGAGCCCUUGGUCGUAGCGCGCUGGGAGGUGUUCGACGUGGCAGACGCCGUGCGGCGCCACCGCCAGGAGCCGCGUGCCACCCGUGCGUUCUGUCUCUUGCUGCGCUCAGUGGCCGGUCCCUCGCAGGGCCCGCUGGCACUGCGGCUGCUGGGCUUCGGUUCACGGGACAGGGGCCGCGCAGCGGCGGAAGAGCGCGCUCUGCUUGUCGUCUCCUCCCGCACGCAGAGGAAGGGGAGCCUAUUCCGGGAGAUCCGCGCCCAGGCCCGCGCGCUCGGGGCCGCGCUGGCAGCGGAGCCAGCGGAGCAGCCUCUUGACCCGGGACCCGGCACUGGGUCGCCCACGGCGGUCAUCGGCGGUCGCAGGCGGCGGCGGACGGCGCUGGCCGGGGCUCGAGCGGCGCAGGGCAGCGGCGGGGGCGCGGGUCGGGGCCACGGGCGAAGGGGUCGGAGCCGCUGUAGCCGCAGGCCGCUGCACGUGGACUUCAAGGAGCUGGGCUGGGACGACUGGAUCAUCGCGCCGCUGGACUACGAGGCGUACCACUGCGAGGGCGUUUGCGACUUCCCGCUGCGCUCGCACCUUGAGCCCACCAACCACGCCAUCAUUCAGACGCUGCUCAACUCCAUGGCUCCCGACGCGGCGCCGGCCUCCUGCUGCGUGCCCGCGCGCCUCAGCCCUAUCAGCAUCCUCUACAUCGACGCGGCCAACAACGUGGUCUACAAGCAGUACGAGGACAUGGUGGUGGAGGCGUGCGGCUGCAGGUAGCCUGCGGGCCAGGCCGGGCCAGGGAGGGGGCAGCCGCGCCACCGAGGACCCCCUGCUGCGGUCGGGGUCCGUCGCCAAGCGUGGGUGCGCAUCAGACUCUGGCCCCGCGCCCGCACAAUGGAGGGGGAGCGCGCGUUCACACUCACACCCACACACUCAUUCACUCAUGCACACAUUUAUCUUGGGCAGCACCAAAGCCCUGGGAAGAGACGACCUGACGCUGCCAAGCCGAAUGCGUACUCAGCAAAGGCACCAUUGCAUCCGCUAUCCCCUUUCGGAGGGAGGAUGGUGUUUGUGUUAAUGUUACAGUAACAGGCCCUAAAUGGGGGUAGAAAUGAGUUAGGGAAUUGGGGGUUCUAGAAUGGGUGAAUUAAUGGGAGUACGGGAGUAGGUUUAAUCUCACCCCUUUUUGUUUGUGGCUGAGUGUGGGGGAACUCUGGACUGGGUUGGCUGGGUGCUUGGUGUUGCACCUAGGACAGUCAGAACGGUUGUCAUGCCCUUUCUGAAGGUUUUGUGUUGCAGGGAGGUCAUUUACUCUGGGAAGGAACCGGUGCAAAAGGCAUGUUUAUUCUUUAAUUGAAAAACUCUAACAGGCGCCUUGAGUUUUGAAAGGGAACAUUUGUCCAAAAGAAUUCAUGGUGGAACUACCCAGAUCCUUUCAAAGGUCAGCACUACCCUUUUAAAAAAAAUCAGUUCCAAUUGGGAAUGAUCUAGAAUGUGGAAAGAAAUGUUUGUCUUUUAGGGGAAAGUGAAGUGGAGAGGAGGUUAUAAACUGCCAGUCUGAACCGAUACAAACUUAGGGGUGGGAUGGUAUGUGCCAAGUUCUGAAGCUCCUAGGCUGGGCAGCUCAGUGUGUAGGGGUGCCUUGGGGGGUGCUGAGGAGGAGGCUUAGUGCAGUGGCUGUGAAUGGGGAAAGGCAGGCAGCCGUGCUUUUCCUAGAGACCCGCCAGGAGGUUUUGGUAAGGAGCUGGGAAAGAGGCUCUUAGGGCUUGGAAAGAGGUGGGGGAGGCGUCCUGGGGCGGGCUUCCGCGGAAGACUCAGGCUUUUCUGCCAGGUAGGCGCAACCCUCUCCAAAUGGUGUGCUCAGAAUGGGCCAACAUGUGCUUGCGUUUAGCUAUCAAGUCUGUGUUGGCUUUUACACGCCUUCGCUGUGUUGUUGCUGUAGGUUUUGGCAGUGUGAUAGUAACGGGAAGUGAAGCUACACAAAAGUGCUUUUGUGAGAUUUCAGCUCCGCACAACCCAGUGGUUCAGAGCAGGAGGAAACCCCCCGCCCCCCAACUUCUGCAGCAGUAGAGGGGCAUUAGGGCUUGGCUGUGGCCCCUUGAGAAGGGCGGGACCUUUGCGCAGUGGGGAGGACAGAGGUGGAAGCGUCUCCCCCAGUCCUGUCUUUGUCUCAUUGAUGGUACAACUACCUGUCCUGGCACAGGGAAGCUAGAACACGACAGGCUACAGUGUUUUAUUUGGUUCAUCUCUACUUGGGAGAACUUUGUGGCCUUGUGUGAGUGGUUGACACAGGGAGAAGAAACAAUUUGGAUUCCACCUGUCUGGGACUCUGAGGACUUCUAUGAAAACCCCUGCAUGUCCCCACCCCGUCCUCCUCUUGAAGGUUGUGUGGUCUGUUGCCUUUGGGGUCCGUUUUACCCUUGUCUUGGAUGCUACGGUCCAGAUGAGUCAUAUGAAUUUUAAUUCUCAGUGAUCAAACAUUCAAGAGAGAGGAAUACGAAACAUUUAGAUAUAGCUAAUUUAUUUAAGGGCCCCACCCGAGUCCGUGCUAUCCCAUAAAAUUCCCCCAGAGGAAAAAGAAAACACAUUUACAAUGUGAAUUCAUAUGCUGUGGUUAUCUGAGUCGCUAUAAAUAAUGAGAAAGGAAAGUCUCUUUAGGUCAAAACACGCAAACAAAAUAUCUGAGGUGGCAGCUAUGGUACGCUUCCUCACAGUUUCAGUGACUGGUGGUCCAUUUACAUUUAUGGAUUUUGCCAGAGAAGCUUCGCAUUCCUAAACCGUUUUUAAUAAUUGCAUGGCGAUUGCUCUGUCAUUGCGAAGAACAAAAAAGAAUGACACUAAAAUAUUAAAGGUUGUAGUAUUUGAAGUUUUAGAAAGGGAGUUAAUGAAAAAACUAGCUAUACUUUGAAGAAAUUCUAGGUUAUUUAAUAUCUUGGACAAAAGGAAACAUUCUGAUUCUUUUUUAGCGACUAGGAAAAACAAGUUUUUUGAGAGGACCUGUUUUGAUUUAGCCUGAGCUUUUUGUGGCAGGAAAAAUAUGUCCAUUUUCACUGUUUUUUUUUUUUUUUUCUUCUUCCCCUGAUGACCUCUUUCUACCAAGAUGUGUUGUAAGUGGUGUAGGAAGUAGGGGUCUUCCUGCAUCUGGAGUCCUGCCUGCAUGUUGGGGGGGGAUGUCUUUGGGCUGUGACAGUUCCUCUGAUGGUCUCGGACUCCCUCAGUGUGUCCUUGGUGACUGACUGGAAGUGAUGUCUCCAGGAACUGCUCUGGAGCUGCCUGUCACCCUCCAGGGACCACCUGUGCCUGCCACCACUCUGCUCCGGCUUCUGGCAUCUCAGAGUUAAAAGUAGGUGAAUGGAGAAGAUGUGUCACAUUUUGCAGAAAUGACAGAAGGGCCACCACAUGUAGAGGCAGACGUGUUUUUGCUGCUAUGAUGUGGUCUGAGCUGCUUUGCCAGGAUUUGGAGAAGGAUUCUGCUGGCACGGUCGGCCCUCCACUGGCUGUAUCUUCUAGGCAAGGGGGUGCGGGGCUGAGUCCCUCAGCUAGAAGCCCCAGUCCCCACCCAUGGGAGAGCUGUCUGCUCGCAAGCAGGGAUUCAGUGUGUCAGCCCUGUGGGCGAAAGCAGUGCCCCCUUCCCAACUCAGGUUCCCCUGGGUCUGGGGCCACCACAGUAUUCUUCCUCAAGACCCGCGAAUUUUCCAUUCUGUUGGGGGAGACGCGUGCUUCUAGUUGAGACCAUAUGAACCGCUCCUUCCUGAUAGAGAAUAGGGUGGGCGUCCCUGCUUGGGGAGCACAGGGCAGGCCAGCUGGGGCCCACGCGGGUUGGCGCUGGGUCUGCUAAACAUAAAGACAGUUCGGUCACUGCGGCUGGAACCAGGCUUCUGUAUCGGGGGAGACAUUUCCAGUGGCGGACACCUGCGGCCACUGUUGCCCAAAGGCUCGCCUUGAAUUCUGGCUUUCCAAGCAGCAGGGUCGGGUUCUCCCGAGAGGGUGGCAGGCUCUGUUGUCUCAGUUGGAGCUCUGCCCAUUCCUCAUGCACAGACUCCCCUUCAGCCUAGUUUUCCACCAUUUUGGUACCACAGUGGCGUGGGGGAAGAGAGGAGCUGUGGAUUGUGUGAUGUCCAGUCGAAUCCGCCAAGCCCAGAGCAGUGACUGCUCCCUGACAGUCUCCUGGAAGUGUCAGCGGGAGUGGGGACCUCACGGUCAGUGCUAAAGGGAGUACGGACCACCCUGUGGCUGUAAUCAGAGCGUAACUCAAAUCCUACAAGUCAUUUAUCCUGUUUGUAAUUUUAUUGAAACUCGUAGCAGAAAAUAACCUGGGACUGUAGACCGAUUCUCUUCUUAAAGCGGGGAGGAAAAUUGAAUUCUUUCCAGGAGGAGCUUGUGCACAAAAAAAGGCAGACUCUUGCUUUGCUCGAAUCUAGUGUCCAGCAAAUGGGGCGAGAGGAAGAAGCAGAGCUACAGCCGUCUGUGGGACACAGACAUCAUGGGGGGGCCUGGCCGAUCCCCUGAGAGCAUGUCGGUGGGGAUGGAGAAGCCUCCCCAGGCUCAGAAAGCAGGGCCCUCUCAGCGGUCCUGAGCCAGGAAGCCCCAAGCAGGUGCCCAGUGGGCUGGGAGGACCGAGGGUCUGGAAAGCAGCCUUCUGUCAUUGGCAGGGAAAGACCUGAGUGGUCCCCUCCAGUGUCUGGAUUGGGAAGGGAAGAGAGACAGCUGACAAGCGAGCCCGGCAGUUGCAAGAUGUUGGGAGUGAGAAGGGAGGGAACUAGCUCCCUCUGAGGCGGGUCUGAGCAGCACUGGUGUGUCUGGGGAUUCUGCAUACCCAGGAGGGGACCGCUCCACGCUGUGGCCUGCUGCCCGCCUGCUGCAGGGUCACUUGGGGGCUAGAGCUCCGCGUCCUGAGAGGUCUGGGACAGCGGUGGGCGGCCACCUCUGUACCCAGAGCUUCCAUUUUUGUUCCUGUAAAAUGAGAAGCUCUCCAGUCCCAUAGUUCUAGGGUUCUAGUUGGUCCAAAAGCUCACUGACAUAGUUGAAAGGCAGAGCAGAUGCGGCUGUUCCUGGAAAGUGUCCCUUCCCUACCCUAGAGGCACUUCUCACAAGUAUCACAGCUCCUGCCUAGUGUACGGGUGUGUGUCGAUUACAGUCCUGGUCUCUUUUGGUGCCUCAUAGAUGUGCCUUUGAUUUCAACCUGGGUCACGGCAGGUGCAGGGGAAGCCAAGAUCUCAGGGGUAGGACUCAGCUCACCAAAGCCACGAUCUUUCCUGUGUUCCAAGUGAGGAGCUCCACCAACCCGGCUGGAGCUCCCCCAGGCUCACAUGGUGGGGGUGGGGGUGGGGUAGAAUGUUCUGGACCAAAUCCUGGGAUGGCUGCCACCUGCUGCUGGUGCCUCUGUAGGAGCAGCGGGAGCAAGCAAGCCCUGGUCCUAUUGGGAGCCUGGCAGAGAUCUGGGACUGUCCCAGAGUCCCCGCACCAGGCAAGCAGGGCUGUGUAAGGGGGGGGGGGACAGGCCCCAGCAGGUGGCCACGAUUCCCCAAACCCCGGUUUGGCCACGGUUCACUGCCAUACCCAUGUCUGGUCCUUCUUGCUGGAGAGCGACCUAGGGCCGGCCACCAUAAGAGCUGCUGCUUCUCACCAUUUUGUGAAAAAUGGUGGUAGAGUUUAACAUUAAGAAACAGGAGGCAUCGAAAAGAGGUUAUUUCUAAUUUUCAGGCAGCUCUGUCCUUUACGCGUAGAGCCCUCUGGCCAUUUAGGCUGGAGCAAGCUUCUUCUUCUUUUUGUGUCAUUUCUGGAUUUUUCGUCUGUUAAAUAGUUACAUCCCAAUGGGGCUGAAGGUGAGAAAAAGCCUGCUCUUGUCAGGAAGGCCACACGUCCCUUAUGUGGAGUCACCUGUCCACACGGCAGCUGUAGGAAGAGGGCGGGAAGUUGGCUUAGUAAAUCAGUGGGGGCAACUGAGGGCUUGAUGCGUGCCGAGUGGGCUCUGGUUAUUGUUCAGGGGUAUCUCAUGAGGCACGAGCACAGGGCAUCACCAGAGCCGGGCUUCUUCUUCCCCUACCCCAGAGCAGCCAGCACGGGGCCAUGCCUGAAACCGGCCUGGGACUUGGCCGAGUUGGGGGGUACUUCACGUAGCCACCGCCCGUUCCGCCGCUGAGCAACCCAGGGAACGGUGGAGUCAGAGUGUGAGGUCACAGAAAAGCUGGUCCGUGUUGCCAGUUGUGCUUAGAGUUGUUGAAAAGUGCAAGCGUGCCCCCUGAGCGGCACGACUGGUGGGCGAUGGUCUGCUUGCUCCUGCCCGUGCCUACCUCCGGGGAGCAGUCCUCAGGCCCCUCCGGCAGGGGUGGGUGUGCGUGUGUGCAGAGGAAGGGGCUGGUGUCUCCCGCUUCACAUGCCCUGACAUUGGCGAGAGGGCUGCCUUGUGCACCGAGACUUCUGCAAAGGGGUGUUUCUGUAGUCAGGUGAGUCUGUGGGCAGGACCACUUUGCAACGCUGGCCUAGAAGACACUUUCUCCCCCAAGGUUAGAAGCUCUGCAUUCCAGAUGGGCCCACGAGGUCAGAGCUAUAGUGCAGACACUUUCCUUUUUCUAAGUCAGUGGUAGGAAGCUGAAACAAAUUGUUUAGGAAAACAAGGACAAGCUUCUGAUGGUCGUGUCCCAGGCACCUUGCGGCUGGGUAGCACAGCCCUUCCAGGAGGUGGCCAGCUGCUUGGUUUCUGCAUUUUUAUUCUAUUCCACCAUCUUUCGAGCUGUUAGUGAACAGGAGCGUGGCGCGGGGGCGGCUGACUGGGCCGUGCAGGAGGGGGACUGGUCUUCUUUGCAGAAAUCCUCUCCGCGCUGCUCCGUCUGACCCGCCGGCCAUGGCAGUGACCACACCCAGCUCCUGCGACGGGAGCUGAGGGCCGGGGUGAGAUGCUUGUGCUGAGCCCACAUCCUGCUCAGACACUUGGUGGCAGGAACCUAGAACCUUGUCUGAAGCUUCUGGGGCUGAGGGGUGUCUGUGUGGUUGACAGAAACCAGAGGCCCUGUAAGGCUUAUUCAUCAGAGUGUUGCUGAACAGGCGGGGACCCCAAACCCAUCUGGGGCACCCAGGCUAAACGGCCCCUGAGGCUCCCCACCCCGGGCUGCAGCACGGGAGGGGGCUCGGUGGCCCGGUGCCUGGGCACACAACCCGCGGCCCUCUUACCCAACAAGCCCGGCCUGUCGCAGACCGCACUUGUGGGCAGCCCUCGCCUGCACUCGUCAGCCGAGCGAGUCUGAAAGGCAAGUCUGACAAUGUGCAGGGGAAGCCUUCCCCGGUCUGCGUGUUUCUGUCCGAGUGGCUGGAGGCUGCCGGGCGCAGAAGACGACACAUGCAUCCGAGGAGUCCUGAGGCUUCCCCCGGGGCUCCCGACAGCAGCAGCGCGCCUUGGGAUGAGCAGCCUGGCUGGAGGGCUCUGUGCACCCGCAAGGAGGGCUUCUUUUUCUCUGCAAUUUAUAUUUCCAGGUCAGGGCCUAUCAGAGUCCGAGGAAAGCCAGCCAUGCAGCAUGCUGUCUAGAAAAUGAUGAUACAUGUUCAGGGAGAAAGCAAGAAUGUAUUUCCUGGCUGGGAAAUCCUGGAGGGUUCCAAGCCAGGCAACAGACACUCUGGAAAGUGGAGCUUUCAGAGAGCUCCUCUGGCUGUCUCCACCUCGGAUAAGUCACAGUCCGAACAUAAGCUUCCUUACGGUAACUGCUGUUCUGUUGUCAUGGUGGUUGUUUGUUUGUUUGUUUUUUUUUUUUUGUAGUCCACUGUAGUGUAAACAGCUUCUGUGUUUUCUGUGACAAAGAAUCAUAACUGAGUCACUUUCGGUCUUUCAGCUGGAAGCAUUUUGCCCCCCAAAAGUUAAUGCAUUUUUUUUUUUAAACAAGGAUUAGCAUGCUGACUUCAGUUUGCCAUUCAGCGGAUGAGAAUAGAGGAUUCUGAACAGUUUGGAAAACUUAAAAAAAAAUAUAUAUAUAUAUGUAUGUAUAUAUAUCAAGAGGUUGCUGCUGAACCUGGGCACCUGGCUCGCGGCGUGCCUCUGUCUGUGUGGGCAGCAGCAUCUGACACGACAGGUGCCCUGCCUCUUAGCCAGCACCUGGACUCUGCCGCCAGUACUGUGGUUCUGAAGAAACGGGCAAAACUUGAAGUGACAGGAGUGCCCUCACAGCUCAAUACGCACACUCCCUCCGCAGCUGAAGACAGGAUGUAUUAUUGGUGGGGGGGGGGUGCGAAGUCCCUUUCAUUUUGCAAGGAUAUCCACUAUUUCUCGGCUCAAAGAUGGGGAAAGUGGUGAGAAUUGUAAACUCACUGAAUGCAGGCUGGAAUGUCUUCCUGCUCUGGUUUGGCCAGAGCAGAGCUCCGAGGCUGGGAGGCUCCGAGACCCGGCCAUCUCCCCCUGCUCCUCCGGGCGGCUGCGGCAGCAGGAGCUCAUGUUGUGAACGCUGCCCACGCCCAGGCCGGCUGGCAGGGAGCUCGAGGUCAGGCACAAACCCACUGUGUAUACGUAUUCUCAAGUUUAAAUAGAUUGUACAUAUCGGAAUGUAAAUGAACUGUAAAACAGCAAUCUCUAUUUUUCUCGACAGUUAUACAGCAGUAUAUAAAUUUCUUAAACAUGCUCUUGUAUGCUCUUCCUUAACCAUUUUAAUAUUUUGUACAGACAAGUUGAUUAAAUAUUUUAUCAGUGGAGCUGCUGGUGG